GGAACGAGUGCGAGAACCGCGCGAUACUCCGAUCGCAAUCGCGCCGCGUGAGUGCAGACGCGUCGGGAUUGCUGUUAUUUAAGAAAGACAGAAAAUGCGCUCGGUCUAAAAGUUUCGGCGAGGAAGAUUUCGACGUGGAAAAUGGCGCCUCGACUUUGGACGGCGGCGCCGGCGGUGGCGGCGGCGCCUCGCCGAGCGCGGGGCUCGUUCUCCAGACGCUGCCCCAGAGGAGAGAGAGCUUCCUGUACCGGAGUGACAGCGACUUCGAGAUGUCGCCGAAAUCGAUGUCUCGAAACAGCUCCAUCGCCAGCGAGAGGUUCAAAGAGACAGAGCUUCCUGUCGAGCGAGCCCAUGGCGAGGACCUCAUCGUUACACCCUUCGCACAGAUUCUUGCUUCUCUGCGCUCGGUCAGGAAUAAUUUCUUGUCGCUCACGAAUGUACCGACGAACAAAUCACGAAGGAGCAGUGGCCAACAGGGCAGCAGUACGCCACAACCACGGAUUUUGGCGCCAGGAGAGGAGCCCUUCAUGAAGCUGGCUGUAGAAACGAUAGAGGAACUAGACUGGUGCUUAGACCAGUUGGAGACCAUUCAGACUCAUCGAUCCGUGUCGGACAUGGCAUCCCUGAAGUUCAAGAGAAUGCUGAACAAGGAGCUGUCGCAUUUCUCGGAAUCGUCCAAGUCUGGGAAUCAGAUCUCGGAAUACAUCUGCAGCACCUUCCUCGACAAGCAGCAGGAACUGGAUUUGCCGUCUUUGCGAAUCGAGGAUGCGGUCGCCGCAACGGGCAGCGUGGACGCACGGGCGGCGAAAAAGAAGGACCGCGUGCAAAGAGGUCCCGCCGCCAUGUCGCACAUCAGCGGCGUGAAACGGCCGUUGACACACACAAACAGCUUCACCGGGGAACGCGUGCCGCUCCACGGGGUGGAAACGCCACACGAGGAGGAGCUCGGCAAGUUGCUCUCCGACAUCGACAAGUGGGGUAUCGACAUCUUCAGGAUAGGCGAGCUCAGCAGCAAUCGGCCCCUCACCUGCGUGGCGUACACGGCCUUCCAGAGUCGAGAUCUGCUCAAAUCGCUGGCGAUACCCCCCAAGACCUUCGUUACCUUUAUGAUGACCCUAGAGGAUCAUUACGUGAAGGAUAAUCCCUUCCACAAUAGCCUCCAUGCAGCUGAUGUGACACAAUCUACUCACACUCUGCUCAACACGCCCGCACUCGAGUCCGUGUUCACGCCGUUAGAGAUUACCGCUGCAUUAUUCGCGGCUUCCAUCCACGAUGUAGAUCAUCCCGGGCUCACGAAUCAGUUCCUCAUUAAUUCAAGCUCCGAGCUCGCGCUGAUGUACAACGACGAGUCGGUGCUGGAGAAUCAUCACUUGGCGGUCGCGUUCAAGCUCCUGCAGAACGAGGGCUGCGACAUAUUCGUGAACAUGACGAAGAAGCAACGGCAGACGCUGCGGAAGAUGGUCAUCGACAUGGUCCUCUCGACAGACAUGUCGAAGCACAUGUCGCUGCUGGCCGAUCUGAAGACGAUGGUGGAGACGAAGAAGGUCGCCGGUUCCGGCGUGCUGCUGCUCGACAACUACACCGAUCGUAUCCAAGUGCUGGAGAACCUGGUGCACUGCGCCGAUCUGUCUAACCCGACGAAACCGCUGGCCCUUUACCGACGGUGGGUGGGCUUGCUGAUGGAGGAAUUCUUCCUGCAAGGCGACCGCGAGCGGGAGCAAAACAUGGACAUCAGCCCGAUGUGCGACCGGCACAGCGCGACCGUCGAGAAGUCGCAGGUCGGCUUCAUCGAUUACAUCGUGCAUCCGCUCUGGGAGACCUGGGCAGAUCUGGUGCAUCCGGACGCGCAGGAGAUCCUGGACACCCUCGAGGAGAAUCGCGACUGGUACCAGUCGAUGAUACCGCCGUCGCCGCCGUCCGACGACCAGCAACAAGCGACGAACGAGAGUCAGCAACAGCAAGACAGGAUACACUUUCAAGUGACGUUGGAGGAGGGCGACGAGACCAGCGAGGCGGUAGAGGGUGGCGACACGGGGGCCGGCGAUGGCGGCGGCGGGUUCUCCAGCGAGGACCCGGGCGGUGAGACGGAGGAGAACGCCACCGAGGCUGGGAUGUGA